ACCAUCCAUCAACAUUUUCCUCACUAUAUUUCGUAACUACCAUUCUUCCAUCUUCAGCUACGCGCAAAUUAAACUCAUCAGAUCUAAUACUCUUCACUUUCUCCCCUUUCGCUCGACGGAAAAUGAGUCGGAGAAUGUCUGGUGCUCUUCUUCUUCUUGCUUUUGUUGUGGUUGCAACCAGCAAAUGGCGUGUGGUGGCGGAGCUGCACCAUGUCGUUGGUGGUGAUCGUGGCUGGGAUCCCGAUUCUGACCUCCUUUCAUGGUCUAAUCACAGGGUCUUUAAGGUCGGAGACCAAAUCUGGUUCACAUACUCAGUGGCGCAGGGACUAAUAGCUGAGGUGGAAAGCAGAGAAGAAUAUGAAGCAUGUGAUGUGAGGAACCCUAUCAGGAUGUACAACGAGGGACUCCAUACCGUACCACUUGAGAGGGAAGGGAUCAGGUACUUCGCCAGCACAGACCCUCAAAACUGCAAGACUGGUCUUAAGCUACACCUUCACGUUCUUCCCAACGAUCAUGAUAAUCAUGAUAAUGCACCCCCAGUCACCAAAACAGUUGAGGCUGUUGCACCCUCUACCCCUUCUUCUGCUUAUUCUCUCUCUUAUCAUUAUUGUCAUGGAACGAUUCUUGCGCUUGUGCUUAUGUUCUUUGUCACCAUGCUCCUUGCUUAGCUUCUUCAUGCAUGGUACAAGCAAGCACAUAUAUUUACAUGUAUGAGAGGAGAACAAUAAUACAGAAUAUUUUCAGAUCUUUCCUCUUAUGUAUCUAUUUUUUUUAAAAAAAAGGAACAUAUUAUUUUUGUAUGAAUGAUUAAA